AUGUGGUGGACUAUCACAGGAAAUUUUGGGAACAUUUUGCCGAUUGAUUGGUCCAAAUCAUAUACAAGAACUCUGCACAAUCGAGUGCUUAAUCUGGAAGAGCAGCAGGAGGUCAAGCAGCCCCUAUGCCUGGACCUGUCUGACGAUGAAGAUCUAGCACAGGCUUUUGAUAUGCAUUCCCUGAUUGUCAGCAGCUUGCAUCCUGAAGAGGAGGACAAGAUCCUCACAGCUGAUGAGGUUAUCAGUGAGAUCGAUGACAUGAUGAAGGAACCUUCUGCAGAGGACUACUACAGUGCCAUGCAGGAUACUCCCGAAGACGUGGCUUACACCAAAGUGAAGAAAACCCUGGCUUCACUGUCAGCCUACACUCUUGGUGAUUUGAAAGAAAUGCCACAAGCUGCUUUGCAUGAGCUA